AUGGCCGACCAGGAGGAGGAGGGCGAGGACUUGAGCAAACCACUGGAGCUGGUGGCUGGAAGCAAGACUACGCAGCACAACUCCACCUCCAGCCUGCAUACUUGCAAAAAACUACACAACGGAGCAAGUGAAGUGAACGGAAAGAGCGCAGACAACAGCUGCAAAACAACAACUUCAGAAAAGGAAAAGGAACACAAUGCCAAGGAAAGCACCACCGAUCUGAGCAAAAGCGCCAGUGGAGAAAAAAAGUCCUCAGAUUCCAAAAGCUCAGAGAAAAGUGAAACGACCAAGGAGGGCAAAAAGAAGUUUGAAAAGCCGCCAUUCAGCUACAAUGCCCUCAUCAUGAUGGCCAUUCGCCAGAGCAAGGAGAAACGACUGACACUGAAUGGAAUCUACGAGUUCAUCAUGAAAAACUUCCCCUACUACCGUGAGAACAAGCAAGGCUGGCAGAACUCCAUUCGCCACAACCUCAGUCUGAACAAGUGCUUCGUGAAGGUGCCCCGACACUACGACGACCCCGGCAAGGGCAACUACUGGAUGCUGGACCCAUCCUCAGAUGACGUCUUCAUCGGCGGGUCGACGGGCAAGCUGCGUCGGCGGAACACCUCCACCUCGCGAAACCGACUGGCAGCCGCAUUUCGCCGAUCA